CCCCCAACAAACCAAAAAAAAAAAAAAAAAAAAACCAAUAUCACAAUCCACAAGCACCAACUGAAACUCAACUCGCCGGAAAACGCACUCGGAGUUUCUCCUCAGCCGCCACAAACACCGACCAAGUCGUCCACAAGGUUUAGGUGAUUUCAUGGCAGGCACUGGCUUACCAUCAUUAGGUCGUGUAAAGCUCACGGAUUUAGUUCCAUCAGAAGGGUUACCCACUGAUUCAUAUAAAAUUUCAGUUUCAAUUUUAUCACAGUCACUAGCUCAGUUUUCUGCUGUAAUUAUUCAGUUUCCAUCAACUGAUGCUGCUCUUUUAAGAUCCGGUUUAGAAUCGGCUCGGUUGUAUUUUCAUCAAAGAGAAACAUAUCCACCUCAUGAUAUAAUUCAUAAUACUAGUAGUAAUGAUGAUUCUCAUGAUUGGUGUAAAACUUCUGGUUACUAUGCUGAUUCGAGUUUAUGGCAAGAAAUGUAUGAUUAUAGACCGGGUUUAACGCCUUUAGAACCGAAUAAUUCGAUUGAGUUGCCUCCUGCGGGGUUGUCUGAUAUUUUUGGUUUAUUUGGAAAGGCGGCGAGGGAUAUUCUUGAUGCCAUUGGCUUUCAUUUGAACUUGAGGAGUUCUCCGUUUGUAGAGAUAUUGGAUAAUGUUCCUUUGAGAAAUCGAGAGAUUUCUUCUUCGGUUUUGUCUGUUUGUUGCCAUGCUAGGCCUUCAUUCCAAGGGCAGCAGCAACAUCAUAAUAUAGUUAGUCAAGAGGAUGGUCAGUUGCUUAUGUAUCCUGAUAAUGAUCACGAUCAUCAAGUUGAUAAAAGCUUGAUAUCGCUUGUUAAGUCCGAUCGGGCGGGUUUACAUGUUCGAGAUUAUCAAGGUCGGUGGAUUCUUGUGGAUGGUGAUUUGGGGCCUCAAGAAGCUGUUGUUUAUCCUGGGCUUGCUCUUUAUCAAGCAACGGCUGGAUAUGUAAACCCUGCAUUGCACAAAACCGAGAUUAAUAUGGAGGCUAAUAUGUAUGGCAGGUGUUCUUUAGCGUUCAAACUUUUGCCUAAAUCGAUGACUAGUCUUGAUUGUUCGGAAAUGAGAGCGGCAGGUUAUGGAAUUGAAGCUCAGUUCCAGCUUCCUGUUCCUGUGGAUGAUUUUAUGCAAAGAUCUCAUCCAACUGAUAAUCUUUUUAACAGACCUGCUUUCCAGUGCUUCAAUUUCCAACCAACACAUGACGGAUCUAUGAAGACUUUGAUACGGAGGAGGAAGCAAAAUUCUAAAAGCAAACCUCUGCCUCCUUCCAAGAGGUUAAGGCUCGAGGCACAAAGAGUUUUGAAAGAAAGAGUCCAAGACAUUGCAGAUAAAAAAGGCAUCAAGCUGCGCUUCUGUAAUCUCAAGGAAUGUGAAAGUCACAUUCACACUCUAGACAGCCCAUGUGCAAAUAUACGAAUGGAGAUAGGGUGGCCACCUGGAGUACCAUUCGUCCAUCCCCAUGAUUUGCCUAAUAAGGCGAAGCUGGGAUUUCUUGAGGCAUAUGAACCUGGUUGGACAGAAGCGCAUCAAAACAUAGACAGGAAUCAGUCCCCCUGAUAUCCAACACAUGGACAACAUGUUAUCAAGUUGUGAAGGUCUUAUGAGGAUAGGCCUAUAGUUCUGUGUUGGCCUCUGAACCUAUUUGUGGCUAGGUUUUUGAGUAUAUGCAUGUCUUUAUAUAUAUGCCAACGUGCAGCCUUUGAAGAAAAUGAAAGAGACGCAUGCUGCAUUGAAUUCUGUAGAUGUUCUAUUGUAGAUGUCUUAGAACCUGUUAAGAUUAUGAGACGCCGAUCCAAUCAAAUUGGAGAGUAGACGCAGCUGGACUUGAAUGCUCAAGCUGAUGGAGGUCUUACUGUCCAGAUCCAGAAUCUAACAAACGAAGAAAAGACGACAGGUUAUAGAAUAAUUUUGAGCUCCUCUUACUCGGUCGGGAUUAUGCACAAAUCGUCUAUUUUGGCCUGAAGGAAUGCAAUGACUAUCAGCAAGUCUCUGUAGAAAGAAAGGCAUUCAAUUUGUGUGAAUAUGGAUACCAUAGCUUUAUGUGAUGAAGUAGCAUUCCAGCAUGCUUUGUUAGGUUAGUGUCUUCGCAUUAUGAAAAUGUAUUACCGUACAAUGCUAUGUGAAAAUGUGGCUUAAUAUGUUUUCUUAUGCUGUUUAAUUAUAAUUGUAGGAAGAAAAAAAAGUCUACCAUUAUAAUCUCUUCGUAGCUGCGAAAUUUGGUCAGAAAAUAUUUUCUCAGUUCAAGAA